CUUCAGGAUUAACAUUUAUUUAAUUUAAUUUGAUUUAGUGAGAAAUACAGAGAGAAAAGAGCUUGUUUAAAAAAUCAACUGUAUCUGGUGUAUGAUACAAUAGAUGAGGAUUUCGAUAUCGAAUCGAUAGAUCUAUUUGUGUUAAUUUCUUGACGUUCGACAAACAGAUAUAAGGAAAGAGGCUGAACACAAUUCUUGCAAGACAUCAGCACUGUUCAGAUAUCAGUUAAAUCGUAGCGCACGCACAACAAGCAGGGGAAAAGCAUCAACAUCUUUACUGAACUCAGAGCAUGAUGUCUAACGGUCACAAGCCUACACACAACAAGAGGGAAAUGGCAGCUCAGUAUCACUACAGCAGUUCUGGUCAAAGUCUCAUUGACAUAGCGGACGAGUAUGCUGGCUGUGAUAGAGUUACAAACGACAAACAGCCCAUAGCUAAAGCAGUUGGAAUUGUGGAGUUCAAACCUAGCGACAUUGUAGAUGGUCAUCACAAGGUCCAGUGGAACAAAAACGGUCGAACCUUUUACACAAAACACUGCGUCCACUUGGAGCUCGAAGGUGAAAUAUUUGUCCGGCAGCCUGGCUACUACAUCGUUUCGUCGCAGCUGAAUCUUCGGCGACGAAAAGAGACCAGUCCAACGCUUAAUGAAUCAAGACCAACGACUUUCAUUCAUUAUGUUGAUAUCCUUUCCCACAAAUUUGGAACGAAUGGUGUCCUAAUGCAAACCAAAAAAUCAAUUGAAAGAAAUGGUGGUUAUUUUACAAGUUUCCUGUCAGCAGUUUUUAAGCUGAACAAAUAUGACAGGCUCUCUGUAUCUGUAUCCAAUCCUGAAUUGUUAGACAUUGACAAUUACAAUGAUCAUUUCCUGGUUCAUUACACUUAUGAUCUGCCAAACUGAAAUAAGAUUAAAUUACGUUUGAUUUCAACAUUGACAUUGAUUAACAGUGUUUAUUUUUUUCUUUAAGCUGCAACCUAACGCUCCCAUAAUAACAACAUAAAUAAUUAUAAUAGCAAUAGUAAUAAAGCAAGUAUUUACCAUCAGUGAACAAAAUAAAACGGAAUCAUUUUGUGUUUGGCUAAAGUAAUACACUAGUAUGUCAUCAUGUGUAGUUUAUAGCUUGAAAAGGUAUUGAAUGAAGUUAUAUCAUGAAUAUACAGUAUACAAUUCAAGACAUUUUUUGACAAAUAUGUUGUGUUUUUCAAGUUAAUUGGGAUGUACGACAGUAGAGUCAAUUUAUUUGCAUCUCGUCAAUAUAUAUACAUAUAUAUAUAUAUAUAUAUAUAUAUAAACAUAUCACAUUGCUGUAUUUUAAGUAAGAAUUGUAUCUGUUCCACAUAUAUAUCAUAUUGUCUUAUUAAGAAGAUCGUGCCUUAAAAAGCAGCUAAAUGCAAGGAAACAUUCGUGCCACCAAGUUGUAUGAUAGAUAUGUUCAUCUUUUCCCUUAAACAUGUACAAUUAACUUCUACAUGCUUAGAUAUUAUAUGUUACGGUUUACCCAAUAUGUUAACAAACAUGACUCUGGAAUUCAUUGGUUAUCACUGUCAAGUAAAUGUCUUAACUAGUCGACCGAAAACGGCGUCAAUUUGAAGUUGAAUAUUUUCUUAUCAAUGAUUUGUAUUAAUAACAUUUACCUCUUAUUUGCAAGUGAACUUCGUUAACAUGCAAUGCUUUAAAUAUGUUUUAUUUGCAAUCAGUCAAAUCUGAAGUUUCUGUUAUGAUUUAUGUUAUUAUGAAACUCAGAUUGGUCUUAUUCAAGUAUUUUUAUUAGUGUGUGCAAUGUUAACAAUAAUACGUUGUGACUCACAAGUGACCGACCGCUACUAAAUGUCACUCAACAUACAUACUGUUUAUUAAUAGCUUCUGAUACAUAACUUUAUUGCGCUUUAUGAUUAUACAAAAACAAUAUGAAAACACAGUAUAUGUAGUUUCAAACUCAUUAUUUUCUGAAAUUUUUGUUUUAUUGUGAUUGUUUAGUUAAUAGAGUGCUCGUGUUUAAUUAUAUUUACUUGA